CUGACCAAAGGCCUGAGACAACGAAAGAGUGCAGGGAGAGGGAGAGAGAGAGAGAGGGAUGAGCGGAGUGUCAACAGCAGCGUACGUAGCUCGUCGAGCAGCUCAGAAGGAGAAGGUUCGGAUCCUCUACAGGCGAGCCCUCAGAGACACUCUUAACUGGGCCGUUCACCGCCACCUCUUCUACCCAGAUGCUGAUGCUCUCCGCGAGAGGUUCGAAACCAACAAGCAUGUGGAAGAUCCUGACACCAUUGAUAGACUCAUAGCGAAUGCCGAAGCCACUUACAAUAAGUGGCGCCAUCCCGAUCCUUACAUUGUUCCUUGGGCCCCCGGUGGUUCUAAGUUUCACCGAAAUCCUACUCCACCUGCUGGGAUUGAGAUAGUAUAUGACUAUGGAAAAGAGGAUAACGACUAAAAAUUCAAAUGUUUUUCUUCGCAAUAAAUAAAGAUCAAGAUGGAGAGUGAAAAUGAUGAUGAAGAUAAUUAUUGAGGCCAGCAUCAUUGACGCGUUGCUUAAGUAAAUGAUGAAUUUAAGCUUUGAAUAGUUUUAAAUGCUUAGUUUCUCCUUUCAAGGUAUGUUUGGUGUUUUAGUACAACGCGGCUUAUGCUGCAGGAUCAGGAUUGGAUUAAGCGUGACGCUUGAUAUGAACAACUUUCUCCUGUUCAUGUAAUUUGCAUUUCCUUCGCUGAGUUA